AUGGAAACGGCACUGGAGGAUCACCGAGGAAGUUCCGGCGAAGUGGAGGAGAAAGUGUUCUUCGGGAGUGAUAAAUUCGCUGAUUCUUCGUCCAACAGUUGGAAUACUAUUCUGGCUUUGUCAUUAUGGCUUGGAGCUAUCCAUUUCAUUGGAGCACUCACUCUCUUCGCUCUCUUCUUCCUUCCUUUCUCCAAAGCACUCCUGGUUUUUGGUUUGCUUUUCGUGUUAAUGGUGAUUCCUAUUGAUGAAAAGAGCGUAUAUGGUCGAAAAUUAGCAAGGUAUAUAUGUAAGCAUGCUUGUAGUUACUUUCCAGUCACGCUUCAUGUAGAGGAUAUAAAAGCUUUCCAUCCAAAUCGUGCAUAUGUAUUUGGUUAUGAACCACAUUCAGUUUUGCCGAUUGGAGUUGUUGCACUAGCCGACAGCACAGGUUUUAUGCCUCUUCCAAAAAUAAAAGUUCUUGCAAGCAGUGCAAUAUUUUACACACCGUUUUUGAGACACAUAUGGACAUGGUUGGGUCUGACAGCGGCAUCAAGGAAAAACUUUACCUCCUUGCUGGAUGCAGGCUAUAGUUGCAUCUUAGUACCUGGUGGAGUUCAAGAAACAUUUUUCAUGGAGCAUGAUAGUGAGAUAGCCUUUCUCAAGGCAAGAAGAGGAUUUGUCCGCAUAGCAAUGGAGACCGGAAAACCACUUGUUCCAGUUUUCUGCUUUGGACAGUCAAAUAUUUAUAAGUGGUGGAAACCAGGCGGAAAGCUAAUUCUGAAUUUUGCGAGGGCUAUCAAGUUCACCCCGAUAUAUUUUUGGGGAAUUUUCGGAUCUCCAAUACCAUUCAAACAUCCCAUGUAUGUGGUGGUGGGUAGACCAAUUGAGCUUGAGAAAAAUCCAAAGCCAACGCCGGAGGAGGUUGCUAAAGUGCAUACUCAGUUUGUUGAAGCACUUCAAGAUCUUUUUGAGCGGAACAAAGCUCGAGUUGGAUAUUCAAACCUUCACUUGAAAAUUGUUUGA